AUGUUUCGCGACAUCUUUGUUCUCGAGGAGAGUGCCCCCGACGAGGCUCAAGUCCUUCACGCCCUUGGGGCCUUCCCGGACCUCGACAAGUUGUCUGACAUCGUUCUUGACUGCUUAGAGAAGGCCAUUGUAUCUGGCCAGCCAUCGGAACUACAAUGUGUCGUAGAUCAGCUAUCCGACCAGGUUCUGGUCUCUCUGGUGGACUCCAUUCCUGAAGCCGGCAAGCUUUAUCUACUUGAUCACGGACGACGUUCAAAAGCGCAUCGGAGACGCCUGCAAGAUAGCUUCGGCUGGGCUGGUGCCCAGCCGAGAAGACCACCGAAGACCACCGAGAAGCUGUCUGAGGUCAUCGCCGGAUUCCCCUCGGCGAAGGCUUUGGCGACCCACUGCCGGCGCAAGAAUCUUUCCUCUCUUUUGGAACUCAAGAGUUCUGAGA